CGAGUUGUUUCAUUGCACACACAGGGGUUGCGUAGGAUAGUAAAUAACUUGUAUUAUUUGUGACAUUCAUUACGAAUAAAACAAAGGAAUUUUCUCCCUUCUGCUGUGAUAGACACUACUUCUAGAGAACUACAUGUUAUAGUCUUGCCAAGAAAAUUAGUUCUUUCUCUCUGUAGCGUAGCUUGGAACAAUUCUGAUUUUUGCUGAGUUGCUGUUCCGCUAGAUAAAUACAAAAUGCCGACAGCCCAAGGCCUUGCUCCAGAAAUCAAGGAUUGUGACGAUGGGUCCAUUAUCGUGCAAUACAAGCCAUCCAAAAGUGGGACCCAUGAAGUACAGAUGUCAUACGAGGGGUCUGCAACCGAGGGAAGUCCAUUUUCAUGCGUUGUCGACGAAAUUGGCGGCGCUUACGUCACCGCCUUUGGUGCUGGUCUCGUUGGUGGCAUGAGUGGACAAAACCAAAGUUUUACAAUCACAGCCAAAAAAGGAACACUUGGCGACAUUGAUAUCAAAAUUGAUGGACCAACAAAAACAGAAUAUAAACGACACGACAGUGGAGAUCGGUGUGACGUUAAUUUUAUGCCAAUGACCCCAGGAGCAUACAAUAUUGAUAUCAAGUAUAAAGGCAAAGUUAUUAAGGGAUCACCCUUUGUAUCCAAAGUCUCAGGUGAAGGCCGAAAGCGAUCACAAAUUUCCUUAGGAAAUGCUAGUGAAUAUGCUUUGAAUGUGAUGGAACCUGAUAUUGUCGAUCUCGUAGGUUCAAUUAGAGGCCCAAAAGGAGGUUUUGAGCCAUGUAUCCUGAAGAAAUCUAAAGAUGGACAUUUAUGUAUAUCAUCGUUUUCUCCAAAAGAAGCUGGUGAUUUUAAGGUCCAGGUCUAUAGAGAUGAGAAAAAUAUCAAGGGAAGUCCAUUCCCAGUGACUGUACACGAUAACGAACUCGCCCAUGCAAGCAAGGUCAAGAUCAGCGGGGCAAUAGAAAAAGCCAUUGCAAACGAGUCAAAUGUUUUAAACAUCGAUGUGUCAGACGCAGGGUAUGGUGGAAUCACAGUAGUGAUUGAAGGUCCUCACAGGUCAGAAGUCGAUUACGAAGAAACCGGAAACCGCGCUUUCAAGUGCACUUACAGUCCACAUGAACCAGGAAUAUACAUCCUUAACGUUAGAUUUGCUGAUGAACACAUUAAAGGAAGUCCAUUCUUGUUGAACGUUGGCGGUGAACCUUCUGGUCGUCUCAGAGAAACAAUCGAGAAAGAAAUGGUCCAAGCAGAACCGGUGAAGAAAGGAACUAAGUGUGAAUUCCUAUUGAAAAUUCCAGGAACAAAUCCCUUCGACAUGGAGGCAUCAGUGACCGACCCAUCUGGUACAACUGAAUUGUGUGAGAUUAUGGAUGAAGAUGACUUCCACUACCGACUGAACUUUACACCACACAGAGAAGGACUUCAUACGCUUAGUAUCAAGCACAAAGCUCUUCAUAUUUCAGGCUCUCCAUUCCAAUAUUCUGUUGGGCAGCUUUCCUCUGGUGGAUACCACAAAGUACAAGUAGGCGGACCUGGAGUAGAGAAAGGAGAAGUUAAAAAAGAAAAUCACUUUAACAUCUACACAAGAGAAGCCGGCGCAGGCCAUUUGUCAUGUGCUAUUGAAGGUCCUUCAACUCCAAAAAUGUUUUUAGAGCAGAGACCAAAUGGAUUUUUAGGUUUAUCAUAUAAAGUUGAAAAACCAGGAAUGUAUGGUAUACACGUUAAAUUCAACGAAGAGCACAUACCAAAUUCACCUUUCAUGGUCAACAUUGCUCCAGACAGUGGAUUGGCAAGAACUGUUACCGUCCACGCUUUGAAAGACAGAGGACUCGCGGUCGACAAGGCUACCACAUUCACAGUUUCAUACAAUGGUGCCAAGGGUCGUUUACACGCAUAUCUACGAACCCCAUCUGGCGGUCAUGAGGACUGUUUCGUACAAGAAAUGGAUGACGGAAUAUACGCAAUUAGGUAUAUUCCAAAGGAAAAUGGUGUUCACUAUAUUGACAUAAAACUCGAUGAUCACCAUAUUCCUGACAGUCCUUUUGCCGUCAUGGUGGGUUCAGCUGCAGCUGAUCCAGCUAUGGUUUGUGCCAAUGGUGAGGGUCUUGAACAUGGAAAGACUGGUGCAAAGAACAAAUUUACAGUCAGAACGGCUGGAGCAGGAUCAGGUUUCCUGGCUCUCACUAUUGACGGUCCAUCCAAGGUGGCUCUAAGUUGUAAAGAAGUGGACGACGGAUAUGAGUUCAGCUACACUCCAUUUUCUCCAGGAAAAUACCUCAUUUCUAUUAAAUAUGGAAAUAUUAAUAUAGCCGGAAGUCCAUAUGUUUCUGAAAUCGCAGGUGGAUCAAUAAAAAAUCCUUACGAGGAAGAGGGGAAAGAGGAGGGGCAAGGUGCUGGACGAAAGGCAUCUCCGGUAAAUGAACAGAGUAAUAUGGUUGUUGAAACAGUCGAGAAACAACCAGGGCAAAAAUCACUAGCAAGAUUUAAAGGUGACGCAGGACGAGUUGUCGUUCGUGGUCCAGGACUCAAAAAGGCAGUUCCUGGCCGUCUCCAAAGUUUUACCGUUGAUGUAAAGGACGCCGGAGCAGCUAUGCUCAUGGUUGGAAUGAUUGCACCCAGUGGAAUUGCAGAACCCGAGCUAUUGGUAAAGAAAAACACAAAAACUGAAUUCACUGUCAGUUUCAAAGUACAGGAAUGUGGAGACCAUACAUUAGUAGUGAAAUAUGGAGAUGAAGAUAUUCCAGGCAGUCCUUUCAUUCUUCAUGCAGGAUAAAAACAUUUCAACUCUAUUUACAAACAUUUGUUGCUUUUUCAAAAUUUCAAAAAGUUGUAAUUAUACAGAAAUUUACGAUAUCUAUCUUUUACCAAUUGACAAAGACAACCGUGAGAAUUCAGUGUUCUGAAGUAUUUUGUAUGAAAUUGUACAUAGAAAAUCUUUUAUAUUCGUAAAAAUUUAUUUCUGGUAUGACUAUUUAUAUUCCUCUCUUUCCCUAGACUAGUCCCUGAUUUGUCAUGUAAUUAGAAGUUGAUUAUUUAAAUAUUAUAUGUAAAAUAAUAACUAAAGCUAAAUCACAUUAUAUUUUUGUUUAUAAUGUAUCACUUAGUUGAUGUUAUUUUAAAUAUGUGAUAUGAAUUUUCCACAUUUCAAUAUAAACUUUCCCCUGUGAUAGUAUGGAAUAUAUGUUGGCAACUGACUCAGAUUUGAGUACAAGGAUUGUUGUACUAUUAACACGAAUAAAUGUUUACAUCACCAUA